AGGUAUGUUAGUGAGGAAGGAGGAGGGGCUGUCCGCGCCUCGCCACUGGCCUUAAAGCGCAAGUAUUUGCACCACGUUUCACGUGCAAACGUAUCCAUCAUGAUGCAAGUAUACUUUCUGGAACUGAAAAAAGAUUGGACAUUCGUUAGUAGAUAAACACUCUCAGAAUGUUUAGCCGUGGCUAUGUCAAUGAUAGUGUACGCCUGAAGACUCCAGGUAUUGAGGUCAGACAUCUACGAUCUUUGACAAAGGAGGCGGAUAAUAAUAAGUGUCAGCCGCUUGUCACGUGUAAACCAAAAGGAAGAGAGCACUAGGGACGAGCACGGAGGUCAUCGUCAACACAACUAUCGGGAAGAUAGUUAUGAUACGUACACACAGAAAUCACAAUAGCGUGAUAUAUUUGUUCAUUAGUUAUGAUACGUCAUUGGCCAAAAAAACCGGACUCCCCUAGCCAGACAUGGGGUGGCGGCCGUAGUGUUGGCACACCCAUACAUCUCAGUGCUACACGGGACAGCCUCACUACCACCGGUGUCGCCACCUCCACUGUAGAACACUGUAGUGAUCGACAACACACUCUACUACCCCAUUCAGAACCUGGUAGUAUGAAUCCACUGACAUCGGUGCCAGCAAUGGCCAGGGACCCACUCUCCCUGCACCAGCCCACGUCCCUGCGGCUUCCCUCCCCUUAUGAGGUGACGCAUGGCACUAACACUCCCGCUAGCGGCUCAUCCUCUCCUGACGUAUUUUUCGAUGCGGCCGACAACCCUCCACCACUCGUUCUCACGCCAUCCUCAGACGCGCUCGAGGACCUCGACGAGUAUCACGAGACCUUCCAAGAAGCUCAAGAGGAUGCAAGAUUGGAGAGAGAAAGCAAUAUCUAUAUUGAUCAGGCACGUAAUAAAAAUAUUACAGCUGUCAUGAAGGGUGAAACGAGUGACUCCACCAAUGGCUCAAGGAAGGAGAGUACACAUGGAGACACACGCACACGAGCGGAGAAUGAUCCUGGCGGUGACAUCUCGGGAAAUAUAUUAUGUGACUCUUUGCAUAAAUGUGGAUUUCUAUUUCAGUAUGAAAAUGGUCAUAGUAGUUUAUCAAAAGUUAACGUUAGUGCGAAUUACACGCUAGAUGAAAACAGUGCUGCAUGUGGCGGGAGCUCGGGGAAUCAGGGUAACAAUGUGGACUCGGAACAGGUGGAUUCUUCACAUAUGAUAAGAACUUAUGGGUAUUGUUGGGAGGACAGCAAAUCUUCAUGUAUAAGAGGGUACGAUGAUAUAGGCUGUGGAGAAGGUGACAUGAAUAAUCUUGCGGGCUGGAGCCACGAGAAUUCUUCCUCUGUGAUUGCUGGCACCUGCGGCACCACUAAUGACAUCCACUUGAGUAGUGAACCCGCCUUAAGUGUCAUUCCUGUAUCGCUACCACACUUGUCCACCGCAGACGGCGCAGGUCACAGCUCCCCCGCCUUGGGGAAAACACUGGUGGAACACGAUGCGUUUCAUGAUUCAACUUCGGGUCUUGAUUGGACACCGACAAAUGAAAGUUCACAUAAUUUCUAUUCAGACGACUUCCCAGGUGUGUGUCACCGUGAAACCAAUACGGCUGACGAGGCAAAACCUACUCGCCACCGACUCUUGAGAGAGUUUGUGUCUGUGCAAAAAAUUCCAGGAAAUAACUUGCGAGAGGAAACUAGGAGGAUAGUAAUGAUGUUAGGCAACGAUAAGUCAUGCAGAGUUCCCAGACCAAGUUUGGGCCUGCAGGACCGAGUAAAAAGUCUGGUGCAGCAUUGUGCUGGAAAACGCACAGCCUACGUUAAAGGACCCAGGUUCUGCAGCACUGUCGUUAAGAACAUCGUCAGGCAGUCUCACGACAGACUUCACAGUUGUAGGGAUUCGUUUCAGGAAUUUAUUCAGACUCGCAAAGAUCAAUGUACACAGAAAGUGUUUACGAAUCCAAUGCCUUGUUAUGGUAUGAGAAGGACGAGCUCCGGCGACGAUGUAGGGCCGGGGUCGAGUGAGAGGAGUCAUACCAGCGGCAAUAUGGAUACAGUCGCCUCCAUGGCGCCCUCGCUUAACACAGUGAGACCAGCGGCUGUGUCCUCCAUCACUGACAACCCCAAGUCCAGCGUUCAAGACUAUAUGCAUAAUUAUUACCGAAAUAGAGAAGAAGCUAGUACCCUGUUACCAGUUGGAGGAUACAACGAAAUGACAGUUUAUUAUAAAUUAAAAAUAAAUCCAAGUAACCACAUAGUAAAAGGUAGUGGACAUGUUGAGAGUGAAACACUAGUCACAAAGGAAAUGCUUACACAUUGUCCUGACCAAGAUAUUCAAAGCCUCAGUAAAGCUGUGCAACCACAAAGUUUAGUCUUAGAUACAAGAACCAACGACCAAGAUUUCAUGCCCUCCUGCACAUCCAUGUCGAAAAGUACAUCUGCAGACAAAAAAAUCGAUUCUGAAUAUAAUUUUAACAUUGUUUAUCCAACGACGUCCUUAGACGAAAAUUGUGUACCAUCAGAAAAAAUGUAUGAAUUUGACUCCAAAGACGAGAAAGACUGCAUAAAGAAUGAAGAAAUUGGUAUAGACGUGAAGCGAGCGAGUAAAGCGUUGGAAGAGUUAGACAACUCUAUGGAAACAGACAUCAAGGUUGAUUACCGUUACCGGGAAGGACCUCGUCUUCCGACGAGUUCCUUCCCGACGGACCACUGCCCCAUGAGUGAUGCUCCAGAUAUGAUCGUAUCAAGUACAUUAAUACCUAAUCAAAGUAAAAUACUAAAGAACACGCCCCACAAAAUCAAUUCGCCAGAUUUUGCUAGUAAAUGUCAAGGGAGCAAUGUUGAUCUCCAGGCACCCAUUGACUCGCUAAAUAAAGUCUCGCUGACGGCAAUAAGUAAAGUCAGUGAAGUCAGUGAGGAUGGGCGUGGGUGGGGAAACCACGAGGAGGUUGGGGGUGCUAGUGGAGGUGACCCCUCUGGUCUUACACCCCCACACCCAGCCUCCAUGCAAGGCUCGCCUCUCUUCCUCCCACUCACAGACCAGAGUUCCUUGAAACCAAUACAAACCCUACCAGAGAAGUCAUUAGAAAAACAUAAACAAUAUAUAGAGCCUGCUAAGAUACCUUUGGAAUCCACUAAUAAAACCGUUGAAACCAAAAGUACAAAAAAUUCAGACAUUACAACGAAAAGUAUGUUUACGAUGGAUUCGAGUUCGGAGAGCUAUUCCAAAACUCGUGUUGCACAUUGGUCAACAAAUCCUGAUAAAGACUCAUACUUCAAAAAUGAUGUAUCUGGCAACAGUUUUUAUGGGACGUCAUCACGUGAAAGUACGGGACAGCAUUUAGCCCAAACUACUCACUUGACGAAACCUCAUAACGAACGAAAGGAGCCUCCAUCCGCCUCGCUGUUAUGCACCUUCCUAGAGGACAUCACCAAGCUCAAAACUGAUAAUCUGGUGGCUCGAUAUGGAGGUAUCAGGUCCCAGCUGUAUCCCAUCUCUGUUCCCCUACACCAAGCCAAGCCGACGCCGUCACCAAGUCUUGAACAACCCAACAAGCCUCUACCAUCCACAGCCAUCGUAGAACAUGGAACUGUGGCCACCAUAAACAGGAACGAAGAACCGUUUCCUGGUGAAAAGGGUGGCGUUACUAUUGACGGUCGUCCUCCACACAUUAAACAAGGCAGCAUUAAUGAGAAACGUCAUGUAACUGUUAACAAUCGACAAGGCAGUGUCGAUGAACGCCUUCCUCCAAACAUUCGACAAGGCAGUAUUGAUGGACAACCUCCUCUUCCUCAAAAAAGUAAACAAAGAACAACUGAAGAUCUGCAAAAUCUUUCUUUACACAAUCGAACGAACAGUGUUGAUAAAUGUUCUGGUCAAAGAACUCAUAUAAAUAUUCAACAAAAUAAUACAAAUAAUCACAUACCAUCCCAACCAGAUGGAUGCCGUAGCAGAACAAACAGCAGUCAAAGAGGCAGUAUUAAGUAUGGAUCUGUAGACAACAGAAAUGGAAGCAUGAACACCACUUACUUGGGCGGAAGACGUGAUAGUAAGAGCGUUCGUAAUCGCUGCAGUUCUAGACGUGGCAGUAGAGCCAGCUUUGGGCAGGACCUGCUGAGAAAAUGUCUGGAGGUUGCUGUAGAGAUGCAUGGCACCACGGAACGUAUAGAGAUCCAGAGAGAGAGAGAUACUGUAAAAAAUAGUUUGUCGAGUGAAGAACUAAACAAGUCACUAGGCAAGGCCGUGUGCUCCCAUGACGCCGACAAGGCAAGAUCAUUGCUGAAACUUGGUGCUGACCCAAACGUGAGCUGCGGUCAUUCACCAGCACUGCUACGGGCAGCCAAGGACGGAGCACUGUACGUUCUGCAGGCGUUGCUGGCUGCAGGAGCAGACGUGGAUGUCCGCUCCGAGCUGGGUAAUAGUCCGCUGCAUGUAGCUGCUCGCGCCGGCUACAGCGAGGUGGCCGUACAACUGGUGCAGAGUGGGGCUUUUGUGGACGCCAUUAAUCGUUCUGGUGUGACACCCUUACAGAUGGCACUUGCGCAUGGGCACCUGGAAGUGGCCCAGACUCUUCUCCGUUUCAACGCCGAUAUAUUUCUUCCUAACAAAAUUGGUGAAACUGCUUAUGAACUAAUGAACCAACUUGGCUACGUAGGAUUGUCUGCGUCACCUAGAGAGUUGCGCAGAGAUUCUGCGCCUGGGACACGGGUGGAGCCUUCCUCGACAGAGACUCCUGUGGCAGUGAAGAUGAUACUAGGCAUCGAAGAAGGGUGUCCAGUGACGGUAGAGACGUGCCUGGCUGAGGGUGCACCGCCAAACACGGUGGUGCCCUUGGCACUCCAUUGGCCAGCUCACGCCACCGUUUUGCACCGUGCAUCCCAUCACGGACACGAUCUCAUUGUGCGGCUGCUGCUGGCCGCUGGCGCAGAAGUAAACAGACAAGACGUGGUAGGCAACACGCCUCUUCAUGCCGCUGCGCAGGCCGGCCACAAUAGAGUAGUGAAGAUAUUGCUGGGACACGGAGCACGUCUGGAAGCAACCUCCAAGUCGGGCAUGACGCCUCUGCACAGAGCCGCUUCCAAGGGUAAAGAGCUCACCUGCAACUUGUUACUAAGACGCGGCAGCAAUCCUCAGGCCGAGGAUACUGUAGGGCGCACUCCAGCAGACUGGGCCAGAAAAAGAGGUUUUAAAUCUCUAGCCAAGAAACUGGUGUACCGCCGUAAGAGUAGUGAAACUCUGUUAGCCGAGUGUGAUCAUCAUCACUAUAUAAACCGUUUGAACCAGUUGCACGAAGCAGCGCUGAAAGGGUCGGGGCAGGACACGAGCACCAUGAGCUGCGAAGAAUAAUGGGCAGUAUGUUGUUGUUUACUCUGCUACUCGGAACAAAAAAUCCCAAGUAGCACAGGCUAUGGUGAGCCUGCAGCCCGUCCUCGCAUACAAAGAUCCAAGCUCGUUUAUCAAGCAUCCCGUCCUCAAAACAAGCCUACAGGUGUUUAUGAAUAAAAACGGUUUACACACGACUCGCAACUGAUUUCGUUUGAACACUUCCGGAACAAGUGCUGCACUGACGAAUUUUGUUCGAACCACAACGCUGUAAAUGCU